AUGUGCUCAACCAGCACUCAAGGCGAGCAGGUGGAGGCAGAGAAUCGACUGGACAAAGCUUUCUGUCAAGCCUUCUGGGAGAAGAUGGUAGCUCUUCUGUCCCCAAAAACCCCAGAGAAAGGGCUUGACACCUGCCGCGCAAUCUCACAAGCAUACCCAAAAGGAAGACCAUGCAGAAACCUCUAACAUUGGACCACACGGAAAAACUGAGCCAGCGGGAACCCACCAAAGACAGGGGACCAGAGAUCCGUCAGGCAGCAAAAGGAGCAAGAGGGCAGCUGCCUGGAACCUGGAAGUAUCCAUACCGAGGCGCAUUAGCCUACUCACCCGUCACCCUGGAGCCCGCAGAUACCGGCUAAAGACACACGAUGCUACAGCGAGAUCCCCCUGCUACAGAUCAAACCGCAAAGGGAGACUGCAACCAAGCAGAUGGCACCUGAGGGAGCGCCCCACGAGCUCCGAACCAAACACCACUCUGAUCCAGCCCAUGCCUGCCGGUCAGCAACAGCGAAGACGGAAACACACCAGGACACAGACUCUCAUCGAGAUAACAGGGGCAAACCCAAGUAUACAGAGAGGCCCACCCUACCAAGCCACUGUAGGCUGGGAAAGCCGGCAGCAUCCCUCCUGGGUACGGGACUAUGCUUACACCCUGGACGGCAUAGGUUAA